AUGCAUCUGUUACAACGUGCCGUCCGAUGCCAGCACCGUGCAUGUGCAUGUGGACCUAUAGCCAGCACGUCUCGUCAGGCAUCCAGCUAUCAGAAACAGCGACCUCGUUCACGGCUGGAUACAAGCCUUGAAGCGCAGGGCAAUGCUAGCCGAGCUCCAUUCGAACGAGAAAGCGUCCCACAUGAAGGGCGCUACGCUGCGGGUGAAAGGCCCACCCACAUAAACUUGCAGGAGCGUCUGGCACGUCGUCGUCAGCGGUUAGACCGCCGUGCAGACCGCGAUGCACAGCGCUCGGAGCGACUUGACCUUCCACCGAGGGCGAGAGACGUACGCGACGAUCAGGAGCCGGAGAGAGAAAGGGAGAAAGAGCAAUUUAUGAUGGAUGAUGUAGCGUCAGCAUUCGACUACGCGACGCCUGCGACUCCUAUGCAAGGACUUCCUCAGACGUUCUCUUCGCCACCGUUGACACCUGGUUUACGUUCUUCUGUUCACGACUUUCUCGGGCACGAAGCACACCCGACGCCCAUUCAACGUCUAGCCCUGGCCAACCUUGUUGGAAGGGAAACGCCUACACAUGCGAUGAUCGCCGCGGAGACCGGAUCGGGAAAGAGUCUUGCGUAUCUGUUACCCAUGCUUCAAGAGCUGAAGCGCACCGAACCCUCUGCGCGACAAGGGCAUGGUCCACGUGGAAUCGUGCUCUCUCCAACGCAUGAGCUCGCGCGUCAAUUGGCAUUCUUCGGGAAGCAGCUCGUGCAUCACGACAAGCUUCGCGUCCAGACAGCAUCGCGCGCCAACGUGAAGUCUAACGCUACGGCGUCGAAGAUGUCGGAAACAUUCAGCGAUGCCCAGAGUGGCGAGGGAGAGUUCUCCGUGGCACCUGGAGGAGCAGGAGCCCACGGCGUAGAUGUCCUCGUGGGCACGACGCGCAAGUUGUUGGAGAUGGCCCGUGGACGAGGAUGGCAUAAGGCUGACGAGGACUUGUUCGAAAAGAAGCGGCCUCGCAAACCAGCUCAGCCGGAGAUCUCGUUGAAGGAUGUAGAGUGGGUCGUCGUUGAUGAGGCCGACGUUCUCUACAACAAGGACUUCAUUGAAGAGACUGAGGCUCUUUUAUCCGACAUCGCUCAUGCGCGCGGCAGCCCUGUUCCUGCAGAGGGCCUCGCAGCAUACCCAUUCAACUUGAUCCUCUCGUCCGCUACCAUCCCAGUCGCCUUGAACACCCACUUGGCGACCCGUCUCCCGAACCUCCAGCGCCUCGUGUCGCCCUCAGUCCAUCGCCUCCCGUCGAAGCUCGCCGUUGAGUUCAGCGCCUACACUUCCGGCAAUCGCCACGCAGAUGUCGAGCGCAAGAUCAGAGAGCUCUGGGCAGACGACGCACAUAUGGGACGCGAUCGCAGCCGGAUCGUUGUCUUCGCCAAUGGGCGCGGUACUGUCGAGAUGCUUGGCAAAUACCUGUCCGACAAGGGUGUUCCUAACGUCGCCGUCACCGGUGGCGCCGAUGUGCGCUCUUUCGGCUCGAAUAGGCAUCUGAAGGGCUUCCUGUCUAGUCAACCGGCGCCCGCAACACCUGCAGCUGAGGAGCUGCCCGAGGGCAUCCCUAAACCAGUGGACAACGACAAGUCACCGCGCGUACUCGUCUCGACCGCUCUCCUUGCACGCGGCAUGGACUUCGCCCCCGAUGUGCGCACUGUGUUCCUGCUGGACGCUCCGGCGACCGCGGCGGACUUCUUGCAUCGCGCAGGUCGUACUGCGCGCGCUGGGCGACCGGGUCGGCUCGUCAUCUUUGAGAGGGCGAAGGGGCGCGGAAGCGAGUAUGGGAAGGUUGUGAGGAGGAGUUUGGCUGCGCUUGGGAGGACGAGGCAGAGUGUGAAGCAGUAG